AGGAGGCGGUGCGCGGUGGGAGGGGCGGACGGCGCCCGGCUGGCACCGCUCAGAUCUGCUUCUCCCCGGCUCGGGGCGCCGAGGCGGCGUCCAGGAGGCGUCUUCUGCAAAGGUUGCCUGGCGCUGUCCAACAUGGAGGAGGCACCGGCAGCGGGCGUUACCUGCGAGCAGGACUAACUCCCUCCUGGCAUUCCGGGAGGCAGUGCCUAGUCCGGAGUCCGGGGACUCGACUGCCUGCACGCCCCGAGGCGGACCCCGGCUCUGACUGCUCCCCUGGCCGCGGGCUUCUCGACUGGGACGCGGCGCGAGGAGGGAGCGCGGCGGCCCCGAGUCUCCUGAGCCAUGGGCAACGAGGCGAGCUUGGAAGGGGAAGGGCUCCCGGAAGGGCUGGCGGCGGCCGCAGCGGCCGGAGGAGGGGCUAGCGGGGCGGGGAGCCCCUCGCACACCGCGGUCCCGGCCGGCAUGGAAGCGGAUUUGAGCCAGCUGAGCGAAGAGGAGAGGAGACAGAUCGCCGCUGUCAUGUCAAGGGCGCAGGGGCUGCCCAAGGGAAGCGUCCCCCCGGCCGCUGCGGAGUCGCCUUCCAUGCACAGGAAACAAGAGUUGGAUAGUAGUCAUUCUCCAAAGCAAUCAGGAAGACCUCCGGACCCUGGGCGUCCAGCUCAACCUGGUCUCAGUAAAAGUAGAACUACAGACACUUUCAGGUCAGAGCAGAAAUUGCCUGGGAGGAGUCCUUCCACUAUUAGCUUGAAAGAAUCAAAGUCCAGAACUGAUUUUAAGGAAGAACACAAGUCUAGUAUGAUGCCUGGCUUCCUCUCAGAGGUUAACCCUUUAAGUGCUGUCUCCUCUGUUGUAAAUAAAUUCAACCCUUUUGAUUUGAUAUCGGACUCUGAGGCAUCCCAGGAAGAAGCCACCAAGAAACAAAAAGUGGUUCCGAAGGAGCAAGGAAAACCUGAGGGAAUCACAAAACCUCCUUCACAGCAACAGCCACCCAAGCCGGUUCCUAAGCAGCAAGGACCUGGUAGGGAUUCACUUCAGCAGGAUGGCCCUCCCAAAUCAAUAUCUUCUCAGCAACCAGAAAAAAUCAAAUCACAACCUCCAGGUACAGGAAAGCCAAUUCAGGGUCCUGCCCAGACUCCUCAGACAGACCAUGCGAAAUUGCCACUUCAACGAGAUGCAUCCAGGCCUCAGACUAAACAGGCAGACAUAGUAAAGGGAGAAUCAGUUAAACCCUCUCUGCAAAGCCCAUCCAAACCACCUAUUCAGCAACCAACUCCUGGAAAACCUCCAGCACAGCAGCCUGGACCUGAAAAAUCACAGCCUGGGCCUGCAAAGCCCGCAGCUCAGCCCCCAGGGCUAACAAAGCCACUGGCUCAACAACCAGGGACAGUGAAACCCCCAGUCCAGCCACCAGGGACAACAAAGCCUCCAGCUCAGCCUCUUGGUCCUGCUAAGUCUCCAGCUCAGCAGACUGGGUCAGAGAAGCCUUCAUUGGAGCAGCCUGGGCCAAAAACUCUAGCUCAGCCUCCUGGAGCUGGGAAGACUCCAGCUCAACAGCCAGGGCCAGCAAAGCCUCCAACCCAGCAGGUGGGGACACCAAAACCCCUAGCUCAACAAUCUGGGCUGCAGUCUCCAGCUAAGGCACCUGGGCCUACGAAGACUCCAGCUCAGCAGGCUGGGCCAGGAAAGAUUCCAGCUCAACAGGCAGGACCCGCAAAGCCUUCUGCCCAGCAGACUGGCCCAACAAAGCUUCCUUCACAACUGCCUGGUCCAGCAAAGCCCCCACCUCAACAGCCUGGCUCAGCAAAGCCCCCACCCCAACAGCCUGGCUCAGCAAAGCCCCCACCCCAGCAGCUGCUCAAUAAGCCCCCACCCCAACAGCCUGGCUCAGCAAAGCCCCCAUCACAACAGCCUGGCUCAGCAAAGCCCCCACCCCAACAGCCUGGCUCAGCAAAGCCCCCAUCACAACAGCCUGGCUCAGCAAAACCCUCAGCUCAACAGCCUAGCCCAGCAAAGCCCUUGGCUCAGCAAUCUACAAAACCAGUAAGCCAAACAGGAUCAGGAAAACCUCUGCAGCCACCAACAAUGUCUCCAUCUGCAAAACAGCCUCUUUCACAAGGCCUCCCUAAAACCAUCUGUCCUCUUUGCAAUACCACUGAACUUCUGUUGCAUGUUCCAGAAAAGGCCAAUUUUAACACAUGCACUGAGUGUCAAACCACUGUCUGUAGCCUCUGUGGUUUUAAUCCCAAUCCUCAUUUAGUGGAGGUAAAAGAGUGGCUCUGUUUGAACUGUCAAAUGAAAAGAGCUCUAGGUGGGGAUCUGGCUCCAGUUCCAUCAUCACCCCAGCCCAAACCGAAGGCUGCACCUGUUACUGCUACAUCAGCAGUGAGCAAAUCAUCCCCACAGCCACAGCAGACUUCCCCAAAGAAGGAUGCUGCACCAAAACAGGAUCUCUCCAAGGUACCUGAGCCUAAAAAGCCACCACUAGUGAAACAACCAACCCUCCACGGCUCUCCUUCAGCCAAGGCCAAGCAGCCUCCUGAGGCAGAUUCUUCAUCCAAGCCAGCCCCUCCCAAAGAACCUUCUGUCCCAUCUGAGCAGGACAAGGCCCCUGUUGCUGACGAUAAACCAAAGCAGCCCAAGAUGGUAAAGCCAACCACAGACUUUGUAUCUUCAUCAUCAGCAACAACACCUGAUAUUCCAAGCUCCAAAGUACAGUCACAAGCUGAAGAGAAAACAACCCCUCCUCUAAAAACAGAUUCUGCCAAACCCUCACAGAGUUUUCCACCAACAGGGGAAAAAGUCACCCCAUUUGAUUCUAAAGCCAUACCUCGCCCUGCAUCCGAUUCAAAAAUUAUUUCACAUCCUGGUCCUAGUUCAGAGAGCAAAGGACAAAAACAAGUUGACCCCGUACAAAAGAAGGAGGAGCCCAAGAAAGCACAAACCAAAAUGAGUCCUAAACCAGAUGCCAAGCCAGUGCCAAAAGGGUCACCAACACCCCCUGGCCCACGACCUACUGCUGGCCAAACUGUCCCCACACCUCAACAGCCCCCAAAGCCUCAGGAGCAGUCAAGACGUUUCAGUCUGAAUCUGGGAAGUAUUACUGAUGCCCCCAAAUCACAGCCUACAACUCCUCAAGAGACCGUGACUGGGAAACUCUUUGGGUUUGGAGCAUCAAUCUUCAGCCAGGCAUCAAAUUUAAUUUCCACUGCAGGCCAACCUGGACCUCAUUCACAAAGUGGACCAGGGGCCCCAACGAAACAAGCCCCUGCCCCUUCACAGCCACCUGCUUCACAAGGGCCACCCAAAUCCACAGGUCAAGCACCACCAGCACCUGCAAAAAUUAUACCUGUGAAAAAGGAAACAAAAGCCCCAGCAGCUGAAAAAUUAGAGCCCAAAGCUGAACAAGCUCCAUCAGUAAAAAGAACAGAAACAGAAAAAAAGCCACCACUUAUGAAGGAUAGCAAAUCUUUAACAGCUGAGCCUCAAAAGGCUGUCCUUCCCACAAAACUGGAGAGAUCUCCCAAACCACAAUCAACCUGUUCUGUCUGCAAAACUGAACUCAACAUAGGUUCUAAGGAUGCUCCUAACUUCAGUACUUGCACUGAAUGCAAGAAUCAAGUGUGUAAUCUCUGUGGAUUUAACCCUACACCACAUUUGACUGAGAUUCAAGAAUGGCUCUGUUUAAAUUGCCAAACCCAGAGAGCAAUAUCAGGACAGCUUGGAGACAUAGGCAAAAUGCCACCUGUGCCAUCAGGACCCAAAGCAUCUCCCAUGCCUGUUCCUACAGAAUCACCAUCUCAGAAAACAGCAGUGCCUCCCCAAGUAAAAUUAGUGAAAAAGCCAGAACAAGAAGUAAAAACAGAAGCUGAAAAAGUCAUUCUGGAAGAAGUAAAGGAAACCCUAUCAAUGGAAAAAAUUCCUCCUAUGGUAGCCACAGAUCAAAAACAAGAAGAGAGUAAACUAGAGAAAGACAAAGCUUCAGCUCUUGAAGAAAAAAAGCCACUCCAUGAAGAAAAAAAACUAAUCUCUGAAGAAGAAAAGAUAUGUUCUGAAGAAAAAAAGCAACUCCUAGAAGAAAAAAAGCCAAUCCCUGAAGACAAAAAGCUACUCCCAGAGGCAAAAGCAUCAGCCCCAGAAGAACAAAAACAUGACUUACUUAAAUCUCAAGUACAAAUUGCUGAAGAAAAGCUUGAAGGCAGAGUGGCUCCAAAGACAGUGCAAGAAGAGAAACAACCACAGACAAAGAUGGAAGAUUUACCAUCUGGCACACCUCAGAGUUUACCUAAAGAAGAUGAUAAGACAACCAAAACAAUAAAAGAACAGCCACAGCCAUUGUGCACAGCAAAACCUGAUCAGGUGGAACCUGGGAAAGAAAAAACAGAAAAGGAAGAUGACAAAUCAGACACCUCAAGUUCUCAGCAGCCUAAAAGCCCCCAAGGUCUGAGCGACACGGGAUAUUCUUCUGAUGGAAUAUCAAGCUCACUUGGUGAAAUUCCAAGUCUUAUUCCAACUGAUGAAAAGGAUAUUCUCAAGGGACUCAAAAAGGACUCUUUUUCACAAGAAAGCAGCCCUUCCAGCCCCUCAGAUUUGGCUAAAUUAGAAAGUACAGUCCUAUCUAUUUUGGAAGCUCAAGCAAGUACACUUGUUGAUGAAAAGUCAGAAAAGAAAACACAACCCCAUGAAGUUUCUCCUGAGCAACCUAAGGACCAACAGAAAACUCAGAGUGUGUCUGAAACCUUGGAAAUUACUAUUUCAGAAGAGGGGAUCAAAGAAAGUCAAGAAGAAAGGAAAGACACUUUAAAAAAAGAUACCCAACAAGAUAUUCCUUCCAGCAAGGACUACAAAGAAAAGUCUGAGUUUGUUGAUGACAUAACUACUAGAAGAGAGCAUUAUGAUUCAGUUGAAGAGAGUAGUGAAAGUGAAAACUCACCUGUUCCACAAAGAAAACGAAGAACUAGUGUUGGCUCAUCAAGCAGUGAUGAGUAUAAACAGGAAGACAGCCAAGGAUCAGGGGAAGAGGAGGACUUCAUUCGAAAACAAAUCAUAGAAAUGAGUGCUGAUGAAGAUGCUUCAGGUUCUGAAGAUGAUGAGUUCAUCAGGAACCAGCUCAAAGAGAUUAGUAGUAGUACUGAGAGCCAGAAGAAGGAAGAAACCAAGGGAAAAGGCAAAAUAACAGCAGGGAAACACAGACGACUGACUCGAAAAAGUAGCACAAGCAUUGAUGAUGAUGUAGGAAGACGUCACUCAUGGCAUGAUGAAGACGAUGAAGCAUUUGAUGAAAGUCCUGAACUUAAAUACAGAGAAACUAAAAGUCAGGAAAGUGAAGAACUUGUAGUUGCUGGAGGAGGAGGGCUACGCCGAUUUAAAACAAUUGAACUCAACAGUACAAUAACAGAUAAAUAUUCUGCAGAGUCAUCACAGAAAAAAACAAGUUUGUAUUUUGAGGAAGAGCCAGAAUUAGAAAUGGAAAGCCUGACAGACUCACCUGAAGAUAGGUCAAGGGGAGAGGGGUCUUCGAGUCUGCAUGCUUCCAGCUUCACUCCUGGUACAUCCCCUACAUCAGUAUCAUCACUUGAUGAGGACAGUGACAGUAGCCCAAGUCACAAAAAAGGAGAGAGCAAACAGCAACGCAAAGCUCGGCACAGAUCACAUGGCCCUCUUUUGCCUACUAUUGAAGAUUCUUCAGAGGAAGAAGAAUUGAGAGAGGAAGAAGAAUUAUUAAAGGAGCAAGAAAAGCAGAGGGAAAUAGAACAGCAACAAAGAAAGACUUCUAGUAAAAAAUCAAAGAAAGACAAAGACGAACUUCGAGCUCAGAGAAGAAGGGAAAGGCCAAAGACACCACCUAGUAAUCUCUCUCCCAUUGAAGAUGCAUCUCCAACAGAAGAGUUACGUCAGGCUGCAGAAAUGGAGGAGCUCCAUAGAUCUUCUUGUUCUGAAUAUUCACCUAGCAUAGAAUCAGACCCAGAAGGUUUUGAAAUAAGCCCGGAAAAAAUAAUAGAAGUACAAAAAGUUUAUAAAUUGCCCACAGCUGUGUCAUUAUACUCACCAACAGAUGAGCAAUCUAUUAUGCAGAAAGAAGGUAGCCAAAAGGCGUUAAAAAGUGCUGAGGAGAUGUAUGAAGAAAUGAUGCAUAAAACACACAAAUACAAAGCUUUUCCAGCUGCAAAUGAACGAGAUGAAGUAUUUGAAAAAGAGCCUUUGUAUGGUGGAAUGCUAAUAGAGGAUUAUAUUUAUGAAUCUUUAGUAGAAGACACGUACAAUGGAUCUGUAGAUGGCAGCCUGCUAACAAGGCAAGAAGAAGAAAAUGGAUUUAUGCAGCAGAGAGGAAGAGAGCAAAAGAUAAGACUUUCAGAACAAAUUUAUGAAGAUCCUAUGCAGAAAAUUACAGACCUCCAGAAAGAGUUUUAUGAGUUAGAAAGCUUACAUUCUGUUGUGCCUCAGGAAGAUAUUGUUUCAAGCUCUUUUAUCAUCCCAGAAAGCCAUGAGAUAGUGGACCUGGGUACUAUGGUAACUUCUACAGGAGAAGAAAAGAAACUACUAGAUGCUGAUGCUGCCUAUGAAGAACUUAUGAAGAGGCAACAGAUGGAGUUAACACCUGGAUCUAGCCCAACCCAGGCCCCCAUCGGUGAGGAUGUGACAGAGUCCACCAUGGACUUUGACAGAAUGCCUGAUGCAUCUUUGACAUCAAGUGUUCUCUCAGGAGCAUCUCUUACAGAUUCGACCAGCAGUGCAACACUGUCUAUCCCAGAUGUUAAAAUAACCCAACAUUUUUCAACAGAAGAAAUUGAGGAUGAAUACGUAACUGAUUAUACAAGAGAAAUUCAAGAGAUAAUUGCCCAUGAAUCGCUGAUUUUGACCUACUCGGAGCCUUCAGAAAGUGCUACAUCUGUCCCACCCUCUGACACACCUUCUCUCACGUCAUCUGUUUCCUCGGUCUGUACCACAGAUAGCUCUUCACCCAUUACUACCCUGGAUAGCAUAACCACAGUUUAUACAGAACCAGUGGACAUGAUAACUAAAUUUGAGGAUUCUGAGGAAAUUUCUUCAUCAACUUAUUUUCCAGGCAGCAUUAUAGACUACCCAGAAGAAAUAAGUGUGUCUUUAGAUCGGACUACCAUAUCAGAUGGUAGAGCUAGUGCUGAUCAUAUUAUUUCCUUAUCCGAUAUGGCAUCUUCUAUCAUAGAAUCUGUAGCACCUAAACCUGAAGGGCCAGUUGCUGACACUAUUUCUACUGACUUAUCUAUAGCUGAAAAGGACCCAGUAAAGAAAGCCAAGAAGGAAACUGGGAAUGGAAUCAUUCUGGAAGUUUUGGAAGCUUACAGAGAUAAAAAGGAGUUGGAGGCCGAACUAACAAAAAGUAACUUCUCUGAAACUGUGUUUGAUCACCCACCUUCUUCUGUAAUAACCCUUCCAAUGAAAGAGCAGCUUUCAACUACGUACUUUACAUCUGGAGAGACCUUUGGUCAGGAGAAACCUGCGUCUCAGUUACCAUCUGGCAGUCCUUCUGUUUCCUCUCUUCCAACUAAACCUCGCCCAUUCUUUAGAAGUUCUUCUUUGGACGUAUCAGCUCAACCUCCUCCCCCUCCUCCCCCUCCCCCUCCUCCUCCUCCUCCACCACCACCACCUCCUCCCCCACCACUUCCUCCACCAACUUUACCUAAACCAACUAUUCUUCCUAAAAAAAAGUUAACAGUUACAGCUCCAGUGACUACAGCUACACCUCUGUUUGAUGCUGUUACUACUGUAGAGACCACAGCUGUUCUGAGAAGUAAUGGAUUACCUGUUACAAGAAUAUAUACCACCGCACCUCCUCCUGUUCCUCCUAAGCCAUCUUCAAUUCCAUCUGGACUUGUAUUUACCCACAGGCCUGAGCCAAGCAAACCUCCAAUCGCCCCCAAACCAGUGAUUCCUCAGCUUCCAGCAACUACACAAAAACCAACAGAUAUACACCCCAAACCAACAGGCCUAUCUUUAACUUCAAGUAUGACCUUAAAUUUAGUGACUUCAGCAGAUUAUAAAUUGCCUUCCCCUACCUCCCCAGUUUCCCCACACUCCAACAAGUCCUCACCAAGAUUUUCCAAAUCCCUCACGGAAACUUAUGUAGUUAUUACAUUGCCAUCUGAACCUGGGACUCCAACAGAUGCUUCUGCUAGUCAAGCAAUUACCAGUUGGCCCUUGGGGUCACCCUCCAAAGAUCUGGUUUCUGUUGAACCUGUGUUUUCUGUAAUUCCUCCUAUGACAGCUGUAGAAGUUCCAAGUUCAUCAGAACAGACCUUCUAUAUCUCUGGAGCUUUACAGACAUUUUCUGCUACCCCUGUCACAGCACCCUCUUCAUUUCAAGCAACUCCCAUGUCAGUUACACAGUUUGUCACUACUGAAGUUUCCAAGACUGAGGUUUCAGCAACCGGAAGUACAGCUCCUAGUGUUGGUCUCAGCAGCAUUUCCAUAACAAUUCCUCCAGAGCCUCUUGCUCUAGAUAACCUACAUUUAGAGAAGCCUCAGUAUAAAGAAGAUGGAAAAUUGCAACUUGUUGGUGAUGUAAUUGAUUUGCGUACAGUACCAAAGGUAGAAGUUGAAACAACUGAUAAAUGUAUUGAUCUUUCUGCUUCUACAAUGGAUGUGAAAAGGCAGAUCACAACAAAUGAAGUUUAUGGGAAACAAAUUAGUGCUGUCCAACCCUCUAUUAUAAAUCUUAGUGUAACAUCAUCAAUAGUGACUCCUGUAUCUCUGCCCACUGAGACAGUGACCUUUGUCACAUGCACAGCUAGUGCAAGUUACACUACAGGCACAGAAAGUCUAGUGGGUGUAGAACGUGCAAUGACAACACCACUCCAGCUUACAACAUCAAAGCAUGCUGAGCCCCUAUACAGGAUACCAAGUGACCAGGUCUUUCCUAUAGCUAGGGAAGAAGCGCCAAUAAACUUAUCUCUAGGUACUCCAGCACAUGCAAUGACAUUGGCUGUUACAAAACCUGUCACUGUGCCUCCUGUUGGUGUCACAAAUGGAUGGACUGAUAGCACCAUAUCCCAGGGGAUCACUGAUGGGGAAGCAGUGGAUCUCAGUACAACCAAGUCUCAUAGAACAGUCGUAACAAUGGAUGAGUCUACUUCAAGUGUGAUGACCAAAAUAAUAGAAGAUGAUGAAAAACCUGUUGACUUAACAGCAGGGAGAAGAGCUGUGUGCUGUGAUGUGGUUUAUAAAUUACCGUUUGGAAGGAGCUGCACAGCACAGCAGCCUGCAACUACUCUUCCUGAGGAUCGUUUUGGUUAUAGGGAUGACCAUUAUCAGUAUGAUCGAUCAGGGCCAUAUGGUUAUAGAGGGAUUGGGGGAAUGAAGCCUUCCAUGUCUGACACAAAUUUAGCAGAAGCUGGACAUUUUUUCUAUAAAAGUAAGAAUGCUUUUGAUUAUUCUGAAGGAACUGACACAGCAGUAGAUCUGACUUCAGGGAGAGUUACUACAGGUGAGGUAAUGGAUUAUUCAAGCAAGACUACAGGUCCAUAUCCAGAAACACGACAAGUCAUUUCAGGAGUUGGGAUUAGUACCCCACAGUAUUCCACAGCAAGAAUGACACCACCGCCAGGACCCCAGUAUUGUGUGGGGAGUGUUUUGAGGUCAUCUAAUGGUGUUGUCUAUUCUUCAGUAGCAACUCCGACACCCUCUACCUUUGCUAUCACCACACAACCCGGCUCCAUUUUCAGCACCACAGUGAGGGAUUUGUCUGGUAUUCAUACAACUGAUGCAGUGACUUCAUUACCUGCCCUGCACCAUAGCCAGCCAAUGCCUAGAUCGUAUUUUAUAACAACAGGUGCAUCUGAAACGGACAUUGCAGUAACUGGUAUUGAUAUCAGUGCCAGCUUGCAAACUAUUACUAUGGAGUCUCUUACUGCUGAGACAAUAGACUCUGUUCCCACUUUAACCACAGCAUCUGAAGUGUUUCCUGAAGUGGUGGGAGAUGAAAGUGCUCUUUUGAUUGUCCCUGAAGAAGAUAAACAACAGCAGCAGCUAGACUUGGAGCGUGAGCUCCUGGAGCUGGAGAAAAUUAAGCAACAGCGCUUUGCUGAGGAAUUGGAGUGGGAACGUCAGGAAAUUCAAAGAUUCCGAGAACAAGAAAAGAUCAUGGUUCAGAAAAAGUUGGAGGAGCUGCAGUCUAUGAAGCAACACCUUCUCUAUCAGCAAGAAGAAGAGCGGCAAGCCCAGUUCAUGAUGAGGCAGGAGACGUUAGCUCAGCAACAGUUACAGCUUGAGCAGAUCCAACAGCUGCAACAACAGCUUCACCAGCAGCUGGAGGAGCAAAAGAUUCGGCAGAUCUACCAGUAUAACUAUGACCCUUCUGGAACUGCUUCUCCACAAACCACUACAGAGCAGGCAAUUUUGGAAGGUCAGUAUGCUGCCCCAGAAGGCAGUCAAUUUUGGGCAACUGAAGAUGCAACCACUACAGCUUCAGCUGUUGUGGCAAUUGAAAUACCACAAAGCCAAGGAUGGUACACCGUUCAGUCUGAUGGUGUUACUCAGUACAUUGCCCCACCUGGUAUCCUGAGCACUGUUUCAGAAAUACCUCUAACAGAUGUUGUUGUAAAAGAGGAAAAACAGCCCAAAAAGAGAAGUUCUGGAGCUAAAGUCCGAGGACAGUAUGAUGAAAUGGGAGAAAAUAUGGCAGAUGAUCCCCGAAGUUUUAAAAAGAUAGUGGACAGUGGUGUACAAACGGAUGACGAAGAUGCCACAGAUCGGAGCUAUGUGAGUAGGAGAAGGAGAACUAAAAAGAGUGUGGAUACAAGCGUCCAAACUGAUGAUGAAGAUCAGGAUGAGUGGGAUGUGCCUACUAGAUCAAGGAGGAAAGCUCGUGUAGGGAAAUAUGGUGACAGCAUGACAGAGGCUGACAAGACCAAACCCCUUUCCAAAGUCUCCAGCAUAGCAGUUCAAACGGUAGCAGAGAUAUCUGUGCAAACUGAACCAGUUGGAACCAUAAGAACACCCUCCAUACGGGCACGAGUGGAUGCCAAGGUAGAAAUAAUUAAACACAUUUCAGCACCUGAAAAGACUUACAAAGGGGGCAGUUUAGGAUGUCAAACAGAAGCAGAUUCAGACACACAAAGUCCUCAAUACCUGAGUGCCACAUCUCCACCCAAAGACAAGAAACGCCCAACACCUUUAGAGAUUGGUUAUUCAUCUCACCUCCGGGCAGAUUCCACAGUACAGCUGGCUCCUUCCCCACCCAAAUCCCCCAAAGUCCUUUAUUCACCCAUCUCACCACUUUCACCAGGCAAAGCCUUAGAAUCAGCCUUUGUACCUUAUGAAAAACCCCUCCCUGAUGAUAUAAGUCCACAGAAAGUACUGCAUCCAGAUAUGGCUAAAGUUCCCCCAGCAAGUCCUAAGGCAGCCAAGAUGAUGCAGCGUUCUAUGUCUGACCCCAAGCCUCUGAGUCCAACAGCAGACGAAAGUUCCAGGGCUCCUUUUCAGUAUACCGAGGGCUAUACGACUAAAGGUUCUCAAACCAUGACACCCUCUGGAGCCCAGAAAAAAGUUAAAAGAACUCUGCCAAAUCCACCUCCUGAGGAGAUUUCCACAGGAACUCAAUCCACAUUCAGCACAAUGGGCACAGUUUCCAGGAGAAGGAUCUGCAGAACCAACACAAUGGCACGAGCCAAGAUUCUCCAGGACAUAGACAGAGAGCUUGAUCUUGUGGAAAGAGAAUCUGCAAAGCUUAGAAAGAAACAAGCAGAGCUUGAUGAAGAAGAAAAGGAGAUUGAUGCCAAGCUACGAUACCUGGAAAUGGGAAUUAACAGGAGGAAAGAGGCAUUAUUAAAGGAGAGAGAAAAGAGAGAACGAGCCUACCUCCAGGGAGUAGCUGAGGAUCGUGAUUACAUGUCUGAUAGUGAAGUAAGUAGCACAAGACCAGCUCGAAUAGAAAGUCAGCAUGGCAUUGAGCGACCAAGAACUGCUCCCCAAACUGAAUUCAGCCAGUUUAUACCACCACAAACCCAAACAGAAUCUCAACUAGUUCCUCCAACAAGUCCUUACACACAAUACCAAUACUCUUCCCCUGCUCUUCCUACCCAAGCACCCACCUCAUACACCCAACAAUCUCAUUUUCAGCAACAAACUUUGUACCAUCAGCAAGUUUCACCUUAUCAGACUCAGCCAACAUUCCAAGCUGUGGCAACAAUGUCCUUCACACCUCAAGCUCAACCUACGCCAACCCCACAGCCUUCUUAUCAGUUACCUUCACAGAUGAUGGUGAUACAACAGAAGCCACGGCAAACUACAUUAUAUUUGGAGCCCAAGAUAACCUCAAACUACGAAGUGAUUCGCAACCAACCACUUAUGAUAGCACCUGUUUCUACUGAUAACACAUAUGCUGUUUCCCAUCUUGGUAGUAAGUACAAUAGUUUAGACUUGAGAAUAGGUUUGGAGGAAAGAAGUAGCAUGGCAAGCAGUCCAAUAUCAACCAUAUCCGCAGAUUCUUUCUAUGCAGAUAUUGAUCACCAUACUCCACGAAAUUAUGUCCUAAUUGACGACAUUGGAGAGAUCACCAAAGGAACAGCAGCGUUAAGCACCGCAUUUAGCCUUCAUGAAAAGGAUCUGUCAAAAACAGACCGUCUCCUUCGAACCACUGAGACACGCCGGUCUCAAGAAGUGACAGAUUUCCUAGCACCUUUACAGUCUUCCUCUAGAUUGCAUAGUUAUGUGAAGGCGGAGGAAGACCCAAUGGAGGAUCCUUAUGAGUUAAAGCUUCUGAAACAUCAGAUUAAACAGGAAUUUCGUAGAGGGACAGAGAGCUUAGAUCACCUUGCUGGUCUUUCUCAUUAUUACCAUGCUGAUACUAGCUAUAGACAUUUUCCAAAAUCUGAGAAGUAUAGCAUCAGUAGACUCACACUUGAAAAACAAGCAGCAAAACAACUGCCAGCAGCCAUACUUUAUCAAAAGCAGUCAAAGCAUAAGAAAUCACUAAUUGACCCUAAAAUGUCAAAAUUUUCACCUAUUCAAGAAAGUAGAGACCUUGAACCUGAUUAUUCAAGCUAUAUGACUUCUAGCACUUCAUCUAUUGGUGGCAUUUCCUCCAGGGCAAGGCUUCUUCAAGAUGACAUCACUUUUGGCCUCAGAAAAAAUAUUACAGACCAACAAAAAUUUAUGGGAUCCUCUCUUGGCACAGGACUGGGCACAUUAGGAAAUACCAUACGCUCCGCUUUGCAGGAUGAAGCAGAUAAGCCAUACAGUAGUGGCAGCAGGUCCAGACCUUCCUCCAGACCUUCCUCUGUCUAUGGGCUUGAUUUAUCAAUUAAAAGGGAUUCUUCUAGCUCUUCCCUAAGACUGAAAGCUCAAGAGGCUGAAGCUCUAGAUGUUUCAUUUAGUCACGCAUCAUCCUCUGCCAGAACUAAGCCGACCAGUUUGCCAAUUAGUCAAAGUAGAGGAAGAAUACCAAUUGUGGCCCAGAAUUCUGAAGAAGAAAGCCCACUCAGUCCUGUUGGCCAGCCAAUGGGAAUGGCCAGGGCUGCAGCUGGACCCCUGCCACCAAUAUCUGCAGACACCAGGGAUCAGUUUGGAUCAAGCCACUCAUUGCCUGAAGUUCAGCAACACAUGAGGGAAGAAUCACGGACUCGAGGCUAUGACCGUGACAUAGCCUUCAUCAUGGAUGACUUCCAACAUGCCAUGUCAGACAGUGAAGCCUAUCAUCUGCGUCGUGAGGAAACAGAUUGGUUUGAUAAACCCAGGGAGUCUCGUCUGGAAAAUGGACAUGGUCUGGACCGAAAACUGCCAGAAAGAUUGGUCCACUCUAGACCACUCAGCCAGCAUCAAGAACAAAUCAUACAGAUGAACGGGAAAACUAUGCACUACAUCUUUCCUCACGCAAGGAUAAAAAUAACAAGAGACUCAAAGGAUCACACAGUUUCAGGUAAUGGAUUAGGAAUUAGAAUUGUGGGUGGUAAAGAAAUCCCUGGACAUAGUGGAGAAAUUGGAGCCUACAUUGCCAAGAUUCUUCCUGGGGGAAGUGCGGAACAGACAGGGAAACUUAUGGAAGGGAUGCAAGUAUUGGAAUGGAAUGGAAUUCCCUUGACUUCUAAAACAUAUGAAGAAGUUCAGAGUAUCAUUAGUCAGCAAAGUGGGGAAGCAGAAAUAUGUGUAAGACUGGACCUCAAUAUGCUAUCAGAUUCUGAAAAUCCCCAGCAUCUGGAACUUCAUGAGCCACCAAAAGCUGUGGAUAAGGCGAAAUCCCCAGGAGUUGAUCCUAAGCAGUUGGCAGCAGAACUCCAGAAGGUUUCACUACAGCAGUCACCGCUGGUUCUGUCAUCGGUUGUUGAAAAAGGAUCUCAUGUUCAUUCAGGUCCUACAUCAGCAGGAUCCAGUUCUGUUCCCAGCCCUGGGCAACCAGGGUCCCCCUCAGUGAGCAAAAAGAAGCACAGCAGCAGCAAGCCUACCGAUGCAACAAAGGUUGUCUCUCAUCCAAUUACGGGAGAAAUUCAGCUUCAAAUUAACUAUGAUCUUGGAAAUCUCAUAAUACAUAUUCUCCAAGCAAGAAAUCUUGUUCCUCGAGACAACAAUGGUUAUUCUGACCCUUUUGUGAAAGUGUACCUUCUUCCAGGGAGAGGUCAAGUCAUGGUUGUCCAGAAUGCAAGUGCUGAGUACAAGAGAAGGACUAAAUAUGUCCAGAAAAGUCUUAAUCCUGAGUGGAAUCAAACAGUAAUUUAUAAAAGUAUUUCCAUGGAACAGCUCAAGAAGAAAACACUGGAGGUGACAGUUUGGGAUUAUGAUAGAUUUUCAUCCAACGACUUCCUUGGGGAGGUAUUGAUUGAUUUAUCUAGCACAUCUCACCUCGAUAACACUCCAAGGUGGUAUCCUCUCAAAGAACAGACUGAAAGCAUUGAUCAUGGCAAGUCGCAUUCCAGUCAGAGCAGCCAGCAGUCCCCAAAGCCAUCUGUUAUCAAAAGCAGAAGCCAUGGUAUCUUCCCUGACCCAUCAAAGGACAUGCAGGUUCCCACCAUUGAGAAAUCCCAUAGUAGUCCUGGUAGCUCAAAAUCAUCAUCAGAAGGCCAUCUCCGUUCUCAUGGACCAUCUCGCAGUCAAAGCAAAACCAGCGUCACUCAGACCCACCUGGAAGAUGCAGGGGCUGCCAUAGCUGCUGCCGAAGCUGCCGUGCAACAACUCCGCAUUCAACCAACAAAGCCUCCCAAUCACCGGCCUGCAGAAAGCUCUGUGUCCACCGGCUCCUCGGGCAGCAGCUUUGGCAGUGGGUAUAGCGUGGACAGUGAAGGAAGCAGCAGCACUGCAGGGGACACUAAUCUAUUUCCUAUUCCAAGGAUAGGGAAGAUGGGACAGAAUGGACAAGAGCCUGUAAAACAGCCAGGGGUAGGAGUAGGACUAGCAGACACUGAAGCUAAAACUCAGGUAAUGGGAGAAAUCAAGAUUGCAUUGAAGAAGGAAAUGAAGACAGAUGGUGAACAACUAAUAGUUGAAAUUCUCCAAUGCAGAAAUAUUACAUACAAAUUUAAGUCUCCCGAUCAUCUACCAGAUUUAUAUGUGAAAAUAUAUGUGAUGAAUAUUUCUACCCAAAAAAAGGUGAUCAAGAAAAAAACAAGAGUAUGCAGACAUGAUCGAGAGCCUUCAUUCAAUGAAACUUUUCGAUUCAGUCUAAGUCCUGCAGGACAUUCUCUUCAGAUUUUACUUUUCUCCAAUGGAGGGAAGUUUAUGAAAAAGACCUUGAUUGGUGAAGCCUGUAUCUGGCUUGACAAAGUGGAUCUCAGAAAAAGAAUAGUCAAUUGGCACAAACUUUUGGUCAGUCCUACUCAAACUCAUUGAAGAAACACGUCUUCUCAGGGUAUAGAAACUGCUCUAAAUAGCCUCACAUCAAGACUACAGUUGGAAACUAAGCUAAGUUUUGAGAGGCAAACGUAAGAAUGGGAACAACAGGCAAAAACAUGCUUAAUACCUUGUACAUUUAUUGUUGUGUAUGUAUCACACAAAGAUAUUCAAUUGAAAAAGUUCACAUAUUGAAAACAAAAAGGAAUGGAGUACUGAGACCUUGAAUUUCCCAGGCUGUGAAGAGAAACUGUGAAACAAAUUUUGAUUACUUAAGGCAAAAAGCUUUGAACAGAGUUGAGCUAUAACUUAAGACAGAGGCUUAAAGAUUAAUGUGGUUUCCAUGUAGCACAAAGGUAAUUCUUUAUGCAAAGAAGCCUUGGUUGAAAGGAAAGAACUGAUUUAACAAAUCUCAGUUUUCAAAACUUCAAAAAUCUUCCUUCAUCAUCUUCUAUUCAGACAACCAGAUGCUUUCAGAUUCGGACAUAAGAUAUACCUACAAUAUGUGUCCAGGACUGGAAGUGAGGUGGCUAUGUUCUUAGGGAAAAUGGAAUAGGAGAUGUACAAAUUAUGCCUUUUAGGCCAUAUCUUACCAGUUUUCUGUGUGUCUAAAUGUUACAAGGGUAUACAACACUGACUUUGGAAUCCAUGUGGUAAAAGCACAUUUGUUUCAGUGUAACUUGAAAUAAUGUAGAGUGAAGAUAAUACUAGGUAAAAAUAAAAUUGAAUUUAUCUAGAAAUAAAACUGUGACUGGCUAACAAAGAAGAAUGAUGUCCCAUAAAAUACUGGAAUUUUGGUUGAAACCAUCAAAAUCUUCAUAAUUUACCAUUAAGCCAAGACAUCUUCAAUCUAUGUACCAAAGGACCUAGAGUAAACUGAUAUGUUCUAGGAAGCAUGAUAACUUACUCUUUGUGAAACUGCAAAUAAAUAUAUUAUCCUGCACAUUUCCUUUCUCUUGCGUGAUGCAUUGACAGAGAAAGAAAAUUCUUUCUCUGGCAAAUGAACUAUAUUAAUCUUGUGAUACUGAUUAAUUAAAUGGAUAUCAUUUCCUCAUUUCAUAAUAUUUUACCCUUUUUUUCUUAAUGAGUAAUUCAUUUACUGAUUGUAUCAUGAAAACAUGACACUAAACGAGUUCUUUCUAGUGCUCUAUUUUCUUAUUUUAGUGACAAUAUCACAGUAAUCAGGUUCAUCAAUGUUGGGAAAAUAUGUGAAAAGUCAACACUUACCGGAGAUUAAAAUAUACUUUGAGCUAUUUUAAUAAUAACGAAUAAAACAACUAAUGUCCAAGUCUUAAAAUCAAGCACCCUCUUCUCUAUUAGCAUUAUUAAUUAAGGAAGUAAUGUGAAAGUUGUGGAAAACACGCUCAGCAGGGAAUAAAAGCCUGUCUUCUGGUCUUAGUUCUGCCACUGACUAUGUCACCUUGCACAUGUCACUUAAACUCACUUUACCCCAGUUUUCUUAUCUGUAGGAUAAAAAUAAUUAUAUAUCCUUAACCUUCCAAAUGAGAUGUUGUGAUGAUAAAUCAAUGAUCCAUGAGAGAUGAAAGCACAUUUCCAAAUAUAGUUUUAUACACAGAAGUGAGGAAUAAUUAUUACAUAGCUUUUUAAUUCUCAAAUUUUAUAUGUGGAAACCAUCAUCUAAACCAAUGGCAAGGAUUGACAUGGAUAAAAGCAGUAAAUUAGCUGCAAAACUUAUUUUUUAUUUAAAAUAUAAACUUUAACCUGAAUAAAGGUGAAGAAUUACAUGAAAAAGAUUUGCAAAUUUUGUUAUCCUCAAUUAAAUGAAUAAUGCUGGUCUUACCCAAUUCCUACAUUCUACCCAAAAUAAAUAAAUCAAAUUGCUUCUCAGAGCAUUCUGAGCUUAAAACUUUCUGCUUUAUUUAAUGGUGAAGUGUUAGUGGGAUUAGAGAAACCCAUCUCUAGAUAUUGGUUGGAUAUUGAAUUUUCUCAUUUUUAAAGAAAUAAGUUAUAUAUAUAUAAGCUUAUAUAUAUAAAACUUCAGAAUAUAAAUUCACUCUUCUGCAAACUGAGAAAGAUAACCAUAACUUUUCUUCCCUCUAUUUUUUAAUCCCCCUCCACUGACAGUACAAUGUCAUUUACCAUUGACAUUGCUCUAAAAUGAGCAUGGGAGAGUGGAAUCAUCAAAAACAUUAUAUUGCUAGUAUUUUAUUUUUAGAAACUAUUAGAUCUGCUGAUGGUUGCCAUGGAUAUUUCCAGCAGAAACUAGCACUUGAAGAAGCCUAUAAUCAUCACUCAUAAUUGGGGAAGAAAAGGUCCAAGAAGAUCUCCUUCUGACAUAAAAAGGCUCUGAUAUUUGCCCUUAAAAGAAAACCCUGACUCAUCUCUGAUCCUCUUUUGCAGCCACUCAUAUCCAGAGGUAUGCAUGAGAGUUUGUAUAACCAGUUAGUUUUCUUCAUUCCAGUUGCAAUUUCUUUUAGAAUAAUAUAAAUGGAGAGAUCACCAAAAAAAAAAGAUUAUCUCUUUGGUAGCUAUUUAACCUGAAAGAGUAGGAGUCCUUCCAUUAUAGAAGCCCCUCCGUUCCAAGGAACUAGUGAUGGGGCUAGGUCAAUCAGCAGAGCUGACAACAGGGCUUAUUUUUGUGCACCAGCAUUCCCCUUCAGAGAGCAUAAGAUCCUGCCAGUGUGCCAAGUUUGAAGCUGACCAAACUUCUAGGUUGUACUGGAAUUAUUCUAUGCAACACUGAUCCUUAUAUGAAUGCGUUUCUUCUGAAUGAUGUCGAUUACCCUUCUUACAACAAAACUGUUUCUUUUUUAUUGCAAAUAGGGCUCUUGGUGUUUUUUACUUUUUUGUACAUAUCACAGUACAUGAUUUUUCACUCUUUAGUUUAUUUCAUUUUAUUGGAACUAACUUUUUUUUAUUCUAAUACUGACAGAGUUUGUAAUCUCUAUAUAAUACGUAAUUACUCCAAUUACAGCACUUUUACCUUGAAGAGCAUCUCAAUUUUUCCCACAAUUUCAUUGAGUCAUCAGAGACUGAUGUUGCUUCUUGGUUUAAAAAUUGGUCCUAAGGAAACUUUCAGCUGUAGAAACAAAAGCACAGAGUGAAUUUUUACAAAAGACAGGGAAUAUAGAAUAGUCAUUACAGACACAAAUAACCCUAGUAGCAAGAAGUUGGUGUUUUCCCUGUUUUUACUUAAGAUUAAGGAGAUUUUUGGUGACUCUGAACUCUUUAUUUAUAUUUCAGUUUAAAAUAUCAAGACUAAGGGGCAUCAAUUGUCUUUAUUCCUUAAUAAUGCCCAUAUUUUAACAAAUUACACUAAUUAAAUGCAUAUUUUCAGCAUACCAGUGGAAUUAAUUUUGUGGAUCACACACAUUUAAAUAGUCAUAUUGUGGGAAUAUUAUAGCUGGUAACCAGCUGAUAUUGAUUCUUAUUAUAGGAACGACUGUAAUGAUAGUGGUGGUAGCAGUAGUGAUAUUAGCGGUGGUGGUGAUGUGAAGUAAAAUAAAAUUAUAUAUUAUAUUGUGCCCAAUUUAUUAGAAAUUAUUUGAUCAAUGCUUCAUUUCAUCAAAAUGUCAUAAAGAUGUUUAUAGUAUUUUUUUACUUUAUUAUUUAAAUCAUAACAAUAUUUUUAAAAACUUAUUUUCAUUGCUACAAUGUCAAAUAUUCCAAAAUCAGCCAACUACAGCUAUAUAUGUGCUAUGUGUGACAGAAGUGAUCUUCCUUCCCUCUUUUUGAGCUUGAAAUGAAAGUGAAAGAAGACUCAAUGAAUAAUUAUGAGCUAUUUAUUUAAUAAUUACUUACCUUGGGUGUAAUACAAUAAUGAAUGAGUGAAACAAAUAUUCUCAUUGAAUAUGAUACAGUGCUGUUUUCUGUAUGUUUCAUGUUCUAUUAUUAAAGGUAUCCAUUAAGCCAAAAUUAUUUAAUCAAAUUCUUUAUCUGAUAGGUAGAUUGAGAGCAUUUUCUUAAUUCAUUACCUUGUACAUAAGUAUACAUUUGGUAAAGUAGACCAAGUUGAAAUGUUCAUUUCAUUUGGCAUUCAGCAUGUGAAUAUGAUUAUUGUUUGAUUGUGUCUGUAUAUUUGUUAGGUGACGUGCUCAGGUGCUCCCACUACUGAUUAAUGUGUGUGCUAAUAUCCUAACAACACAUAUGAAGUUUAAGAAAAAAUUUUCUUGUCUGAAAACAUAAACACCUUAAUAAAACUGAUUUUGAAAUAAAAACUAAAGUACUUGAAGAUAUGUCUUGUUUCUGACUAUAUGUUGCAUGCCAUGUUGGUGAUUUGCUAAUGUGUUUUUUUGUUUGUUUUACCCAAAUCCCUUUGGAAAAUCUAAUAGACAAAUGCAAAUUCUUGGACUAAGGACUGUAAAAAUUGACCUGAAAAUAACAUGAGAGUUGUAUUUAAAAAAAAAAAAAAAUGCUUGUAAAUCCAUCUUGAGUUUUACUCUAUGUAAAAAUAUGUCUUGGUUUUGUGAUUGUAUACAAGAUGUAUCUUGAUAACUUAUGUAAAUUGUGCCGUAUAAAGGCUGUUGCCUCAGCCUUACUAAUAAAUAUUGAAAAUA